CCAUGUGUGUGAUGUGGGUGCAGAGUGUGUGAGUCGUCAGCCAGCCGGCAUGUGUGUUGCGUGCCGUAGGAAUCCAUUGCAGCCGGCUCUUUCUCGAGGUGUUUAAAUCUGAGACUCGGGGCAGCCCGCCGCCCUGACACCGCCGAGACCGACGCUCCCUCUCCCGGACUGACAGGCCAAUCGCAAGCCGCCGCUCGCCCUCCCUCCCUCCCUCCCUCCCUCCCUCCAUCCAUCCACCGUGGUCUCUCGCUUUCUCACUCACUCGCACUCCCUCCUCCUCUUUUUCCUCUCUCUCUCUCCCUCUCUCCGGCUUUCAUUCCUUUGCGCUCAAUCCGUGCAUCCCCUCCUCCUCCACCUCCUCCACCUCCUCCUCCUCCUCCUCCUCCUCACACCUUUUGGUCAGAAGAGGAAGAGGAAGCCCAGCCCAGGGAGAGACACUGAGAGGAUGAAACUCUGACACGCCGACAGACCACAGGGAAACAAGAGCACAACUAUAAUUGCUAGAAGGAAGCGCCCAGGAAGGUCAGCCAGGAAUCCCGCCGUGGGUGCCAAAGUGAAAUCUACAGGACUACAAUUACUUGGACAGACUGAGGCGGCAGAGCAAAGUGAAUGACAGUAGCUGGUUGGUAUUUUGCAGAGCUUCUGCUGGACUUCACUCUCUGCAGUGGCAACAAGUGAUUUCUCCUCUUCCCAGCGCCUCCAGCCACCCAGACAGGUUGUAUCUGACGGAGGGACCGGUGCCGCGCUCCCAUCCCCGCGCUCCUUCAGCAACAACACUGGUUGAUCAGCACCUGUGGCAGCAGCAGCAGCAGCAGCAGCAGCACUAGCAGCGAGUCGAGUGACCAGCUUCAGGCCGACCGGCUUCACCUGUACAUGGAGACCCCCAGCUGGGCAGGAAACACGUUGUGUAAGUCAGGAAGCAUUGCUGUCUUCGGGAACGUGGUGUACAGCGGACUGCUGAACGAUCACCUCUGGCAUUUGGGAGUGCCCCUCUUUACAAGACUGGGUAACCAAGAGGCCACCAACCCCCCAGAAGCGAUGGCCCAGCCGUACACCCCAGCCCAGUACCCACCUCCCCCACAGAAUGGCAUCCCCGCGGAGUUUGCGGCGCCGCACCCGCUCCCGACGCAGGACUACACCGGGCAGAGCCGGGUGCCCGAGCACGCCAUGACCCUCUACACGCCCACACAGACGCACAGCGAGCCGGCCGGCACUGACAACAGCACGCCCGCCAUCACCGCCACCACGACCGCACCGGUCAGUGCCCUUCAUCAUCUGCAAACAGUGUUCUCAACAGGCUGUCAACAAACAGAUGAUGUGACGCAAACAGAGGGUUCUCAGCAGCUCCAGCUCCAGCACUCAGACUCUUCAGAGAAGCAGCAGCCCAAAAGGUUACAUGUCUCCAACAUUCCCUUCCGCUUCCGGGACCCCGACCUAAGGCAAAUGUUUGGGCAAUUUGGAAAGAUUUUAGAUGUGGAGAUUAUCUUUAAUGAGCGAGGAUCCAAGGGCUUUGGGUUUGUAACUUUUGAAACAAGCACAGAUGCCGAUCGUGCACGGGAGAAACUAAACGGUACAAUCGUAGAGGGACGCAAAAUAGAGGUGAAUAAUGCAACAGCACGAGUGAUGACAAACAAAAAAGUGGCCAACCCCUACACAAAUGGCUGGAAGCUGAAUCCAGUAGUAGGAGCUGUCUAUGGUCCUGAACUGUAUGCCGGGUUUCCCUACCCUGCCACAGGCGCCACAGUGGCCUACAGGGGUGCCCACUUGCGGGGUCGGGGACGGGCUGUGUACAACACAUUCCGCACAGCUCCACCACCACCACCAAUCCCAGCUUACGGAGCGGUGGUGUACCAAGAUGGCUUCUAUGGUGCAGAGAUCUAUGGUGGCUAUGCAGCGUACAGAUUUGCCCAGCCCACCACCACCGCUGCUUACAGUGACAGCUAUGGCAGAGUCUAUGCAACAGCAGACCCCUACCACCACACGAUUGGCCCUGCCGCCACAUACAGUGUGGGGACCAUGGCUAGCCUUUACAGAGGAGGGUACAGUCGCUUCACUCCCUACUAAAAGAAAGAAAAAAAGCGAGAAAAGACAGAGACAUUACCCCAACAAACAAAAACAAAAAAAAAACUAUCUUUAAGAAAAAAAAAAGAAAAAAAACACAAUACAAGCGAACACCCGGUCCUUGGUGGAGACUAAAUCAAACUAAAAGCUUCCAGGUCCACAUGCUGAGCCCUCCCCCUGACACCCUCUCUACCAGAUAUUUCUACAACAACCCUUUUUGAUGUCAUCAUUGGUCUGCUCUUGUUUUGUAUUCAUUUUGUGCUUUCGGUUUUCCUUUGGAAAGUUUUAUGCACAUGUGCAUUAUCUCGAUUGCUGUAUAUGGGUGCUGUGUCACCAUAACCAAUGUGAGCCUACUGCAGCACGCAUGGUGCAUGCUCAGAGGUGUGUGUAUGCAGCCGCUGUCAUCUGACUAAGAAUAUACUGGGGCAUUUCUAUCAUUGUAUUCACAACAAACAGGAAUCAGGUUGAUGCUGAUUGCUGAUGCAUCCCAUUUAAUUACUUUUCUAACUUUUAACACGCUGAGAGAAAUAACGCUGACUAACAUGCCUCGGUAAUUCUUAGUUCAAAGACGGCACUGCUCUGAUUGCUUUUGUUUUUUUUUAUUUAAACAUUGGAGUGUCCUACUGUUGUUGUGCACCUGCAGUGGAGCCUUACAAGCUGUACUAUGUGGUAUGACAGCAUGCAGUGUAAAAGGGGUCAUAAAGGCCAGACUUGUCUCUUGGACUCACACUACUCAUAUGCCAGCCCAGGCUCCUGCAAAUCACUCUACGUUCAUGUGCCACUAUUAUGAUUUGCGGUGUUACAUGUACGAAAAUAUUAUAUAGGACAAAGUGAACACAGUCCAAACAGAACCCGCAUUUUAAGCUCCUUAAAGUCACUCUACCGGUUACUCGUCUUUUAUUAGAUCCCGCUUGGUCUUUUUUUUUUUCUAAGCUGAGAUAACCACAAAGAAUUCAAUUAUUUUUAUUCUUUCACAUAUCAAGCAUUUCGCUCGUUGCCCAUUUCUUUGUAGCUGACAGCUGGUCUCUAGCAGCAGAACAUAAAGAAAAAAUUGCUAUCGAACAGAUAGGGUUAGCUCUCCUCGCCGUCGCUGCUCCGUGUUUGAAAAGAAAAUACCAACUAUGGCGCCGCCGCUUAUUCUGGGUUCACCCAACGUUCCAAAUCCUCUAUCAGCAUGAGGAAUUUCACUCCCACUGGUUUUUGCUUCAAAGUUGAGAUUAGUUCAGCUUUGAGUACUUUGCCACGUAACAUCGUCAUUAAAACUCAGAGUUUCAUUAUUAUUCCAUUGUCUCUUAAUGCCACAUCACUGCUGGUCUUUUCAUGGGCUCCUUACAGCUCCUCCAUAACCACAGAAAACCUAACACAACAUGUGAACAGGUUAAAUAGUUCCCUGAAUACAAAAAUUUACUUCUGGUUUUACAAGUGGGAACUGGUAGAAUUAUUAUUAUUUUUUUUUUUUUUUUUAGUAUUAUUGGUUCUAAUCUUGUAGGUGACAUUUCUGAAUGAUGUAACGGAUUAAUGCUCUUCAAUAACUGAUAGGUCCGAAUUUGUUUAUUCUCUUUAUUUGAUUUAAAAAUUUACGUUCAACAAAACCAACCAAAUUAUUCACCAACCCAAUGAGUGAAUCCAAAGGUGCACUGCAGUGUGCAGGUAUCCCCCAAACAAAAUAGUUGCACAUGAACCGAAUUUGCAGAAGGCACGGUUGCACAUCCUCACUAACACACCGCGGAUAAAUGUGUACACAAAGUGUACUGUAUCUAUCACACACACACAGUAAUGACACAGCACCGAGGAGGGUGAACCUGGCAGAAGGCUGCUCUUCUGCGAGUCACCAGUCUCUUUUUUUUAGGCAUUGCACAAAAUGUUUUACCUCAGGAUAUGAUAACUGAAACUCACAAACUAGGAUACAGUGCUAUUCACUUCUCAGCAGGCAGGACAGUUUCCAACACAACCAGCAGGUUUGUCGUAUUUGUCGUAGCUUUCUACAAAGAGCUGAUUUUUAUUUAAGCAGAGACCCAGAUAGAGGGCGAUAACACAAGACUGUACUGUUGUCCUUUAUUAAAACUUCUGUAUUAUAUAUAUAUGUAUGUAGACAUAUACUGUAUAACACAUUUUACACCGUAUACACACACAAGUACAGGAAGAUAUUAUCUAAAAGCACCCAGGAGUUAGGAGACACAAUGUAAAUGUGUGUAGAGUGCAGGCGUGCUCUCCUCUUAGUCGACAUACAGUCACUGCAUUGGCUUCUAUUAAAGCGUCGUGCUACGUGAGGUGGGUUUUAAAGAAAAUCUGUGUGUAGCUCCUGUUAGCUGUCAAGACUCGAGCACAGCUAUGGAAAUACGACUCAAAGCUAUCGCCAAUAAUAUUUAAUUUAUAUGUACUCACAGAAGUGUUUGUGAUCUCAAAAGAAAUGUUUGUUGCACUUUAUUUGUUUUUUUUUCCGAUCCUUUCUGAGAUGUAACAUAUUUAUAAAAAAAAAGUAUCAUAUGCAGCUAGUUACGUUUAGUCGAGAUGUUAAAAUCAUAUAGAGUAAUGUUGUAUAUCAAAAAAAAAAAAAAAAAGGCAGAAAAGAAAAUGACCCCAUUAUCUCAUGAGAAAAUCUUUAUGUGGGUAAACAAACAUUGUUCUUCCUUUUAUAUGCUAGUAUGUACGCAGCGCACCGUUUGGUGAUUUUAUAAGAGGCAAAACUAACUUUAAUAUUAUUUCUACCAUUUUCAAAUUCUCAUAAAAGCUCUGCAGCAGAGCACAUGUGUGGGUGUUCAGUUAGUGGUCACUAUUAGUAAGCUAGACUGGAAUAAACAUUUUUUUUUUUUGAAUGUGUGUGCCUACAUGCUAUAUAUACAUAUAUAUGCAUUAGAAUGUUUGAGUGUGUGAGGGAGGAGAGGAUGAGGGGGGCGUGAAUGCAGUUUGCUAACGUACUGUAGUUCGCAGUAAGCUUUGCAUGACUUCACUCAAAGUCCCUGUAAUAACAUCACAGUCUCCAGACUAAUCUCAUGUAAAUACAUCAGUAGCAAUGAAGACCUGACCUCAAAAUUUCUUCAUUAAGUGAUAAUGUUUCACCUUUUAGUGAAUUAAAUAAAAUCAACCAGAAGAAUUGCUCAAGCUAAUGCUUUUCAAAAAAAAUACAGUGUCUAAUCUAAUUAAUACAAAGCUGACCAAGUUGUAAUCGAGACCAAAAUAAUAAUAAAAUAAUAGGACACAUGUUAAAGCGUCAUUCAGUCCGAACCAACAUCACCGCAAUCUGUAAAAUCAAACACGAUGGUCUAAGUUAUGGCAGGACUGACUGUAAAUCAUUUAUAUCGUCCAUCAAGCAUUCAUGAACACGAUCUCUCUGAAUACAUAUUUUAACAUCAAAUGUUACAAAGCCAAUAUUAAGUAUUAAUUUGUUCUCUCAAAUGUAUAAUCUGCCAAAAAUUAAGAGCAUAUAACUUUAAAUUAGGAAUAAUUUUUCAAUACGAAAAAUCCAAAGUGAAUCUUUCAAAUAGUGAGCGUGCUAACACAGACUAAUUACUAAUGUAAUUAUUAUCAUAGAUUAGGAAAACAUAUGCUGCCUUCAAAUGGAACUCGUGAGGGAGGACGUGGGAAAUUGUGUUCACAAAUUUUUUGUUUCCAAGUGCUAACAUUAGCCAUGAGUAAUGAGAAAACCGUUUCUAGGCAACUGCAAGCUAACAACGAGUUAACUAAAUGUCGGAAAUGUAAGUUGUAACGAUAGGAUAUAUAUACUGUAUAUUAUAAUAUUACAAAGACUAUUUUACGAUAUUCAUUUACCAUCCACCUCCAACACUCAGAUCUCAGAAUUGCCAUUUACAAGGUUGUGGAUGCCACAAGAGGGCGCUGUUCAUAUGGACGUUUAUUGUGAAGGCUGUAAACGCGAUUCCAUUUAAAGGCAACACUAUGUCAAAUAAAAAUCUACAACAACCCGAACUACUACUGACAUUAUACAAAUCAGUUUCUGAUUACUCUGACCCCGACUCUCAGCAUGAGUGAUUUGCAGAGAGAGUAUCAACUAUACAAUUUUACAAAAUAACCAUUUUGGCAACAAUAUUCAAAUUUAGGGUUAAAACUAGAGGUGCAGUGAUUUGACGAGAUAUGUCCAAAUUACACGCCCUUUGUGAGGGCACCGGCAGUACGUAGUAAAAGUGAUUAAGGACGCAGCAGCAGUCCCCAAGUUAAUUUAUUGGACUAAAACAUUUCAGUCACUCGAAUAGUCUUCUUUUUUAAUUCUUCAUUGUCAACUUAGAGCUAAUAACUUCAUCACCUUUUCCAACAUGACCGAGACACUUUCUCUAACUGUGAUGUUAUUACUGGGACGAGUGUCGUCAUCUCUCAGUCUGAACGGGUCUGUCUACAGUUUACAGAAAAAACAUUAAAUUAGCAUAGUUUAACUUAGCAUUGUUUAACUGUUUCAGUGUCAGCUUAUCAAGGCUUAAAUGUUCAAGAUGUAACAUGCACAUACCUGGCAGUCAGUAUUGUAGAGGUCUGAGCAGAUUUUAUUACGCUUACCAUAAGUCAAAAGCAAUUUAAAUGUGAAUUUAUAACACUCCUUUUGGUUUUCAUUUGCUUUUGUUGUAUUCCAUAACCAGCUUAAUAUGCAACCAGACCUCUAUCUGAUCCAAACAUUUGUUUGUACUUAUUGAUAGUGUUGAGAUACAUAUCAGCAGAGAAAAAAAUAAAAAAAAUCCUCAUCCGUCAUUUAUAUUCACUAAGCCCUGAUAAGCUGGCAGGUGAAUUUAUUUAUCCUGCCUAGAGUAUUUGUACAAAAGAAAACCGAGCAAAAAAGUUACAGUACUUGUAAAUACAUUUAAAUGUAUAUAUACACACACGCUAUAUCACGAUUCUCUGAGUAACUGUUUUAUAUGUAUUCCUAUAUGAAGUGGGGUUAUCUGUGUAUUUUCAAUUCAACUGAACUUGUUCUUGAAUUCUAUGUAAUUUCUAUAAUGAGAAUAUAUUGUCUGAAAGGUGUGAAGUACUUUUCUGUUUGGGUUCAUUUCAUAGGUAAAAGUAUACUCUUAUGACCCUUUUGUUUAUUUAUGAAUUAUUUUUGCUGUCAAACAUGUGACAUAUAAGUAAUCUCUGAUUGUUUUCUGAGUGUCAGAAUAAAGCAGUUAUAAGAACAGAA